ACUUUUAUUCGCACCGAUUGCAUUUUUUUUAUACAUACAUACAUAUAUAUUUUAAAUUUGAGCUGUACCCCAAAAUUUACAGUUUUACCUUUGGAAAUAAUUAAUUAAAAUUCGGUGCUUGAAUAACUUACACAUUCUUAUCUCUCACAUUAUUGAUCACUGCUUUAGAAUCUGUCGAAAAUAAAAUUAAGUCUCCUAGAGUUAAAAGCAACAAAAUUACUGUAUAUCGAGCAAAACGAAUCGUAGAGACGAACACAAACAGAACCACAAAUUUGAACUGUAGAUUUCGUGACUUGGAAAAUUUGGUAAAAAUUGUGCGCCUUUAUAUUGAUAUAAAAAUUCCCAAAAUGAGCGCUGCAAGCAGAGCCAGAACGGGUCGCCUUAGCAGCGGUGGCGGCCAACCAGCUGGUGGUCCUACAACCGCAACUGGGCAGCAGCGACGUCCACAGGGUCCAACGCCGCAACGACGCGCAACGACAGAGGCACGCUUCGCCAAGUUGGCGACGCCGCAAUCGUCACACAGUACCGGAGCACGCCGUCGCCUAGGAGGUGCUGCUGCUCAUGGUGGUGCGGGUGGUGAUGGUGGCACCGUUGACUGGAAAUCACGUGGAAAUACCAACAACAAUGGAAGUGGCGCUGGCGCAGUAUCUUCACGCAUGCCACGCCUGCAGCAGCCCACCAUUUCCUCAUCCCUGCGCGCGGCCGGGAACAGGCAAUCGGACAAGGAACAGCGUGACAAGGCGUCCGCUACAGUGGCCGCCAUCAUGAUCAAACACGAUAAGUCGGGUAACAAAACUAAAGCACUGAAAUGGGAGAUUCCAGUGGAAGUGGAGCGCAAACGCACACCGCCGGCGGUGAGAACGAGCACGGGCCCUAACAUAGGCAGUGAAAAAAAGGAGAAGGUACUGAGCCAGAUGGCUAAGCAGGCAGCACGGGCACGGCUAUGGCCUCAGCCGCAGGCAAGGGCUGCUGGAGGUGGCGCGCUUUUGAAAAAGGACAAGCCGCCACAAGGGGAUAGAGCAAAGUCGCCGGGAGAGCCAAUUGGCGAUGCACGUGGAGCUGAUAAGCAGCAGGAGGAGACGGCAACAGAGGAAACAGACCUCGCUAAGCUGCUUGAGACUGGCGUGCAGACGAACGAGGCUGAGAUUCUCAAUCAUGAUUUGCUUGUGGGAAAUAUUAAGUUGAUGGUUCCUUCUCAGAAUCUGGUUGAUCAGAUCGAGAAGGGGCGCCGGGAUAUAAAGACCAAGCUCGAGAAGCAGUCGUUACGUAAAUUUGCACCGCAUGAGCAACAGGACGAGAUUCGCUUGACCGAACUCAAAGAGUUUAUGGAGCGGAAUUGUGUGACCAAGCGUCAAGUUAAGAAGCCUGUCCUCACCUAUGGCAGUUACGAGGCAAGUCAUGCCAGCAAUGUCUUCAAGUCCAUGGAUGAUUUCUUUGCAAGCGAGGUGCCCAAGUCAGAGUCGAUAACCAACAUUAAGGAGCGCAUCAAGCGCAAGGAGCGGGAGCUCAUGAGUCUUUUCGAUGACGUUGACCUUAAUGAGAAAUAGCCUGGCAUGUAUUAAUUGAGAUCAUUGCAGGAGCUCUCUAAUUUUUUUUUUUCAAUGCGUACCAAAGAAAAUUAAUUAAAAUUAUUUGUGUAAAAAACGAAAUUUGAAUCUCAGCUUUGAAAUCUUGAUACUCCUAAAUGCAAAUGCAUAUCAUUGUUUAAAAAAUGUUUGUAAUCUGAUUACUAAAUAGUUAUUUAACAAAUUAUACUUUGGCCAAUUGAGGCAUAAAUACAUA